UGACAACAUCACAACAAAAAUGUCCGCCUGCUCUUCAGUGGGUUAGCGAAACCAAUAAAAGCUUUUACUGCAUUUUUUUUUUAUCGUUUCACAAAUAUAACAAAAACUAGUUUGCAUCUUCAUCGAAACCUCAACGAAGUGUGCAGCUGAUAUUUUUUUUAAACAAACCAAUUUAGCAGAUUUGUCACACAUAUCGCCAUGGAGCCAACGGCCUCUGGAAUAUUCUGCAACAGGAUGCUCAGCAUGGUGAACUCUGAGGAUGUGAACGCGAUCAUUCAAGCUCAGAGACACAUGUUGGACCGAUUUGAGAAGACCAAUGAGAUGCUGAUCAACUUCAACGGGCUGUCGAAUGUGCGCUUACAACAGAUGAAUGAACACUUUCUUACGCACACCCGCACUUUAAUUGAGAUGAAGAAAGACUUGGACAGUAUCUUCAGACGAAUAAGAACUUUAAAGGGCAAGAUUGCAAAGCAAUAUCCAGAAGCCUUUAGCAACAUCAAUGAGUGUUCCAACUUGGAGGAUGAUGAUGAUGAGUUUGACCCCAUCCCUCCCAGUGUGGCCACCACCAUCACAACCACUGCAACUUCAGAACAGAGCACUGAGUCAUGUGACACAAGCCCUGAUGUAAUAUCUCCCACCAUUAGCUGCUGCUCUGAAGACCCCUCUCAGGAGAACAUUGGCACACCAACCUCUGACAGUAUUGAACAGGCUGUAUUACGGGACGAGGGUCCGGAUUCAGCCGAGAUCUAGAUUUGUGUUUCUGAUAUUAUAUCUUUACAACGUCCAGAUGCCUCUUAAAAGUGGGAUGAAGCUGUCAGUGCCGUAGCCUCGUAGUUCUGACAAUUGGUGCGGUAGCAUCCUGGUGGACCUGAGUUUGAGUCCUGGCUCAAAGUCCUUUUUCUGAUCCUGAUACCUCUCUUCUCCCCAGUCAUAUCCUCUCUCUCUCCACUAUACUAUCUAUUAAAGGUGGGGGGGGGGGGGGGGGGGAAGCCAAAAAUAUCUUAAAGAAAAGUGGGAGGAAGAAAGUCUACAUCUUAACAUUUAUUAUUAGGAGGGUUUAAAGCAUGGUUUUGGCAUGGUACAAAUUUGGUACUGUUGUUAAAUGCUUAGUCGAUUUUAUGUUUUCUGUUACAGCUUUUUAUGUAUUUAAAUUACUGUGGUAAUGCCCUAGAAAACAUAUCAAAUAUCAUCUGCAGGUUUAAAAAAAAAAAAAAAUCCAAAGAUUGAUAUUCAACAUAAAACUGCUUCAGUGAUGCAUUUAAACCCAGACAUGUUUACCUGAUUAGUGGUGUUAUAUAAUAUUUAAUAUUCAAAACAGUAUUAGUAUUGUAAAUGAUGGUGAGUUUAAAAGUAAACAUCUGCCAAUCAUGAAAUAAAGGCAAUGUCACAGAA